AUGGCUUCCCUGCUGGGCUCCUACCCGUGGUCCGAGAGCCUGGAUUGCUCCGCCCUGGACGGGGAGCUCCCGGAGGGGCUCUCCCCGCCGGCCGCGCACCGCUCCCCGGGGGAGAAGGGCUCGGAGCCCCGCAUCAGGAGACCCAUGAACGCCUUCAUGGUGUGGGCGAAGGACGAGAGGAAGCGGCUGGCGGUGCAGAACCCGGACCUGCACAACGCGGAACUCAGCAAGAUGCUCGGCAAGUCCUGGAAAUCUCUGAGCCCUUCCCAGAAGAGACCUUACGUGGAGGAGGCGGAAAGACUGAGGGUGCAGCACAUGCAAGAUUACCCCAACUACAAAUACCGGCCCAGGAGGAAGAAGCAGGUCAAGCGGAUCUGCAAGCGGGUGGAUCCAGGCUUUCUGCUGGGGAACCUCGCCAGGGAUCAGAACUCGGUGCCGGAGAAGCGGGCCUGCGGCAGGACAGUGGGGGGAAAGGAGGGGCAGGGUGAGUACUCGCCUGGCCCGGUAUUGCAGAGCAUCAGGGGCUACAGGGAGGCCCAGGCCAGCAGCAGCAGCAGCACCAACAUGGACACCUACCCCUACGGGUUGCCCACCCCGCCUGAGAUGUCCCCUUUGGAUGUGAUAGACCCUGAGCAGAGCUUCUUCUCCUCCCCAGGCCCGGAGGAGCAUCACCACCCCCAUAUGACUGGGGCCCCUUACUCUCCAGAGUACUCCACCAGCCCCCUCCAGUGUAACCACCAUCCCCUUGGCCCCAUGUCCAUCCCUCAGCCCAGCACCUCCAUGAUCCCCCCAAUCCCCAGCUGCCCCCCUCCUCCUCCUCCCACCUACUACACGCCAGCCUUCCACCCCAUCCACUCCCCCAACCUCCAGGCCCAUCUUGGUCAGCUCUCCCCGCCCCCUGAACACCACGGCUUUGACAGCCUGGACCAGCUGAGCCAAGCAGAACUUCUGGGGGAGAUGGACCGCAAUGAGUUUGACCAGUAUCUCAACACUCCCGGCCACUCAGACCACAGCGAGAUGAUAAUCAAUGGACACGUCCAGGUGUCUCAGGUUGCAGGUGGCUCGCCCUCUACAGAGACUAGCCUCAUCUCCGUCCUAGCAGAUGCCACUGCUACCUACUACAACAACUACAGCGUCUCCUAGGCCAGAAGGAGCAGGGCCUGUGGACUGGCCGAGGACAGACCCUACAGUAUUAUUGGCAUGGCUCCAUGUACACAACAGCUGGUGGACACCUCGCUCCUCACCUCAGGGUUGCCAAGUCAGAACUGAAACGGUUUUGGAGCCUCCUUUCUGUCCUAGGUAAUGGAUUUUGCUUCUCAGACAUCCACUGGCAUCAAUAUUAAGUAUCCUGCUUUAAAAGGUAUUUGAUAUCCUGCUUCAGAAAAGGUCUGUGGUCAAGUCCCUUUUCCAAGCCAGCUGGUCACUGGCUACAGUCCUCCUACCAAUUUAUUUUAUAAGCAUGACAAGUCUUUGGAUGGUGGGUCUGAUUUUUCAGUGGCACCGGGGCCCAGCUCCGUAAAGGUAUUUAAGGUCCUAAUUUCCUGGAUCUGGGCCAGAGCUCCCUCAAUUCCAGCUGGAUCCCAUGGGGGCUGCAGAUUCUCAGCUCCUCUGAAAAAUCAGCCCCUGAGUCUUGUUCUGUGUAGCACUAUGCCCUUGUGGUAGGGAUGGGGGGGAAAGCAAAGAGGUGGCAAAUGAGUUAACGUAACCCUCUGAUCAGUGUGUGCCGCCUUCUGGGCCUGCUGGAGUGACUCCAUUACUGUCCCUACCUACAGAACCUGGCUCUUCAAGCUGUAGUCACUAGUUCAGUAAUGCAGGUUUCCAGUUCCAGUAUUGGCUAAGAUGGUGGCUGUCACAACCAGCUCUUGCUGUACAGAGAGAAUACGAUCAGGGGAUCAUGAAUGUCCUGUUCUCACGUAAUUACCCUACGUGACGAGCUUUAACCGAAGAGAGCUCUGAGGCGUUCAUUCAUAGCCGUGUGUGUUUUCUGUUGGCCUGGUCUUGCAUUCCCUAUGUACUCAACAGUUUCACGGAAGUGGCUGGGAGUUUUUGAGUGUGCACUAGCAUAAGGAAUGCAAUUCCGGUGAAGUCACUGGACUUGCAGUCCCUAGUGCCAGCAGUGUAUUUGGUCCUGUGUAUGCAAAGGCAUCUAUUCUAAUCUGUUGCACCCACAUAGCCCCCCUCUGUGCCUCUUUGGCUCCUGAAACUUUUUGUGGAUUUCAGUGGAACUCUGAGAGUGUAUGGAAGGAAAGAUCAGACCCAAGAAAGGAAAGAUCUGGCCCAGGGUGGAACCCUGAUGUCAUUCCCACCCCCCACCCUGAACAACUUGAGUGGGAGAGGAGGGUCACAAUAACUGGAACUGUGGUGCGGUGACACAACAUGGUCUUGUGAUAAUGGACUGACUGCUAGCUGCUCCAGCGGUAAGGUUACGGCUCAGCUUCUGUUUGAAGCUGAAUUUUGCGCACGCUAUAAAAUUCAGCUUGAC